AUGCCAGCUAUGUAUCAGUUUAUCGCUCUCUACUGGAUCUUGUCGGCCCAGCUGCAUGUCGACGCCCGCCGUGUUGCAAAUGUGUUUCCACCAUCUACUUUUCGACUCAUGGCGAUGAACUUAGACACGCGUGUAAGUUCAGCACGGCACGCGCGACAGAUGGUGCACAAGAAUGUGUGGGCGACGAUUUCGACAAUCUCAGUGCAAUUCAGGGGCGUCCCGUACGGUCAUACAGUAUCGUACAGCGAUGGUAUCGGGUACUCGAAGGAAAACUCAACGGGCAAGCUCUUCUUCUACAUCACUCAGCUGGAUUCUACAGGAGCGGAUUUGAGCGUAAACUCAACGGCGUCUGUGGCACUCACGAUGGCUCAAGAGGGUAAACACGCGUGCGUGAUGGAUGUUGAAGACCCCACGUGCUGGAAGUUAACGUUGAUCGGACACAUUGUGCCAGUGUCUGGAACCCAGCGUGUUGAUGCGGAGAAAGCGCUGUUCUCCAAGCAUCCCCAGAUGAAGCACUGGCCAUCUACACACGGGUUUCUGCCCUAUGUACUUGAUAUUGAUAACAUCGUUCUGCUCGACUUCUACGGUGGAGCAAAGCACGUCCCGGUGGACGAGUACUACGAGAUUCAACUUUGA